ACUGCCUGUAUCAUUUCCAAGCCUAGUACCAAUUACCAAUAUUGUCUAGAUGAAGUGUUAAAGAUUUGACGUUUAAAGUGUAGUGUCAAGACUGUGAGGAAUUUAUACAAAAUUUUAUGUAUUAACAUUAUUAUCACCUAAACAUUGGAUUACAGUCGUUUGAUAGUAAUGUCACUUUCCAGAAAUCUAUUUCUAUAUACAUUAUAUGCUUGUUACUGGAUUACGUUUUAGUCAAGAAUGGUAUAUGCUUUUGAGUAGUACAAUCAGUGAAAUGCUGCCAUGGAUUCACCACCUCCUACAAAACCAAAACCAGAGAUACCUCCAAAACCAACCCCAUUGAGAUCAAAGGAGCUGAUAACAGCUGAAAGGUUCUUCAAGGAAAAUCCCAUUGUCUCCAGACAGAAGCCUCCAUUGGCACCAAAACCUGUAUUUUCAACUAAAGGAGUCAGUCCAGUAAUACAGCAAAAGUUACAAGGGAGAAUUUCAAAUAGCUCUGUGAAUAUAGUGAACCGUGUGUGCUUGAGUGACCAAGUUUCAUCAGACUCACAAUGUUCUGAGGUUCUUUCAGAGACUAAGACAGUCCAGUACCAGGAAAUUGUUGCAUCUUUGAAGGGACAACAUGAAUCAGAAGCCAAUAGUGAACUCACAUUAGUCACUCGUAAUACUUCAGUCAUAUCAUCAGUAGGCACUUCACAGUGUGAUGCUGAGCGGAUCAUCAAAGACACUUGGGCUUCUUUACAAGAGAAGUCCAUCAUUUCUAGCACGAACAUUGUUAGUGCCAAUCAGAACAAUAAAAGUGAUUUAAUAUUAAGUAAACUUAUAAAAAAUAGCUCAUCUUUAUAUCCCAGUGAUUUUAAUGAUACGUUACCAUUUAAAGUGAGUGAUAAUGUAAAUAAUUUUGAUGUAAACAAUGAGUCUAAUAAUUUCUCUACAGGAGUUGAAAACUUGCACAUGCCAAGUUUAGAAUUUAGUCCUCCGACUCCAGAUGAUGAAACCCUAGUCAGCAAGGAAAACUCUUCAGACCUAUUGAAGUUACCAGUUAACAAUGAGAGCUGUUUGAAUGAAUCUAGUCUACAUUCCAAUUUAUCUUUUUUACACCCUUCAAACAAAUCUAGAUACUUGGACACCUCGAGUGAAUUAAAAGGCUCUAAUAUUGAAACAUCAACACCUAAUAGUAUCACAGCAAGUAUAAGUGUCGGUGAUGUAACUCUAAGAUCCAAGAAAUCUUCUGAUCCUACAAGAGGAGUGUCAUGGAGUGAAGAUGAUGUAAGCCGUAACCGCACUAACUCAGAGGGAAAUGAGAGUUUUGAUGGAUCAAAUACUACAGUUAGACGAAGGAUAUCAUCGUUUUUUGGAUCUUUUGGUAAAGGAGGAAAGACUAAAGAAAAGAGAGAAAGUUCUUUAUUUUAUUAUAAUCCGGGUGACGAUUCCUCACAGAUGGAGAGUUCAGAUAGUGGAAGGACUUCUGUGACGUCUCUAAGCGAAACACUGAACUCAGCAAGCAACAAUACUAACAUUGUUGAUUCUCCAAGUGAUUUCAAGCAAACUUUGAAUGUCAGCAAUGAUUGCUUUGAGGGGAGUAGCAAUAGAAGCUCUAUUUCUGAUGAGAGUUUUGAUGCAGAAAAUUUCCAAAAAUCAGGUACUGUGAAUAAAGAUGAUUACUCUACAUCAACAGAUCCGGCUGAAAGAAAGAAAAGGAAAUGUUUCUUGAUAGUUAAUGAGUUAAUGACCUCAGAAAGGGUUUUCAUAGAUGUUUUAAAACUGUUAUGUCAUGAUUUCAAAAAUGCAGUGGAUGAAGCAAGUAAUCAGCAAAGAAGUCCAGUUAUUCCUCCUAGUGAUUUCAAUAAAAUAAUAAAUAACUUGCCUCAGUUGUUAAGCCUUAAUGAAGAUUUACUAAAGGAUAUUGAGAGUAGAAUCGAGUGUUGGAAUGAAUUACCUAAAGUAUCUGAUGUUAUUGUCAAAAAAGGUCCAUUUUUAAAAUUAUACUCUUCUUAUAUUCAAAAUUUUGAGGCACAAACAGAUUUUCUUGACGAAUGUUGUGAAAAAUAUCGCAAGUUUGCACAAGUGGUUAAAGACUUUGAGAAAUCAGAUCGGUGCAAAAAGUUGGCAUUGAAGCAUUACAUGUUGAAACCUAUUCAGCGUAUCCCACAGUACAAACUCUUAUUGGAUGAAUACUUGGAACAUCUAGAUCCUACCUCUUUGGAUUACGUAGACACAAAAGCUGCCCUUAACAUUGUCUGUGAUGUGGCAAAUCAUGCUAAUCAGAGUAUUAAGCAAGGAGAUCAUUUGAGUAAGUUACUCUCCAUCCAGUCUCAACUUGGAGAUUAUGAAAUUAUAAAACCUGGUCGUCAUUUUGUAAAAGAAGGAGAACUGUACAAACUGUGUAGGAAAGAUAUGCAACAAAGAUUUUUUAUCUUGCUGAGUGAUUGUUUACUGUACACAUCAUACUAUGGAUCAAUGACUGGACUGAAAGUGAAAUGCAAGUUACCCCUGGCAGGCAUGAAAGUCUCCAUAUCUCAGAACAAUGAUUGUCCUACAGAGUUUAGUGUCAUAACAAGUACAAGGAGUUUCACUCUUAGAGCCAAGAAUAAGGAAGAGUUUACUGAAUGGGUGAAUACUCUAAAGGCUGCAAUUAAAGACUACAACUCUCGUCAGAUGACUUUCCUCCAUAAACACAAUGUUCCCAUGAGUGCCUCUGCUGAACCUCUUAAGAUUGGUAGAGAGGCACCCGUAUGGAUCCAAGAUAAAAGGGUGACUAUGUGUCAAAUAUGUACGGCUGAAUUCACAAUGACAUUUCGUAGGCAUCACUGUCGAGCUUGUGGUAAGGUGGUGUGUAGUGCCUGCUCAGACUACAAAGCACCAAUGAAGUAUCUUCACUUCAAUUCUGACAGAGUUUGCACAGAAUGCUAUAAAUAUCUACUGACUGAAAUUGAAGAGUCAGCAUCUGAAAUGAUGGAAAUUGUCAAGAAAGAGCUGGGCAUCUCUCAGGAAGAAGACUUGACAUUGAAAAUGAUAGAAAUACGUUCUUCAUUUAAAAAGUUUGGGCAGAGUACUGGGAAAAAGGUUAAAAAGUACAUUCCUCAGCGACUUAAAGAGGUGACAGCCAACGAUUCUGACUCUCAGAUGAGUGGUUGGCUUCUGAGACGUUCCAAAGGUCGAUGGAAACGGCUCUGGUUUGUCCUCAAGGAGCAAGUUUUGUAUGCUUAUAGAGCUUCAGAGGACGUAGUGGCUUCUCAAAGCAUCCCAGUUCUGGGAUAUGAAGUGGAAAAAGUACCAGAGAGUGAGUACGAGGAUAUGAGCGGAGAGUCCAAGUUUCUGUUCAGACUUGUGCAUCCCGGGCAACCACCUCUUAUGUUUGCGACAGACACCCACUCCGCUGAGAGGUGGAUGUUUUCUCUUCAAGAAGCAACACUUUUAAAGUAGUCAAGAGCUUGAAGUAUUCUAUGUCAAUAAUUAGUUAUAAAAGUAUUUUAGCCUUGAAGGUAUUCUAAGUCAUUAAAUGAAGUCAUUGUUAAUUUAUUUAAAACUGUUGAUAUUAUAUGGCAAGAGGUAUAUGAAAAUAGAUAAUUUAAAUCAUAGGUUUAAUGUUGUUGGUUAUGUAUGAUUAGUCAGAGAUUUAAAGUGUUUUAAAGGAUUUCCAAACAAAUUUAGAUUAAAAUAGUACUAUCAUAUUUUAGGUCUUAUUAUUAAACAAGUUUGGAUUGUAUACUACAAUUUGAAUUUUAUAAACUUUUUACAUAAUUUAUCAACGUUGGUGUGAUUUAACAAAAACAGUGAAAACAUCAUGUUUUAUGCAUGUAUGAGUUCUAUAUCAAUAAGUAUAAAGUUAAAAAGAAGAUUGGAACUUCUCAGCUAAUUUAUUGUCCAUUUUGAAUCCGAGGAAAUAGAUCAAGUGUUAGUUUUAAAUUUUCAACAGUUAUAAAACAAUGUAUAGAAUAGGUAAUGUACACUAAAUUUUUACGUUUUGUACAACAGCACAUUUCUAAGUAUAAUACUACUUCUACUUUUUCAAUGCAUAAUAUCUAUUAAGGUGUAUAUACUCUCUUAAAAGCCAUUUGUAAACUAGUAAAGAUAAGUGAUAUGUACAACUUUAAUCAUCACCUGAAAAGUAUUUUUAUUCGUAAAUUUCUAGGCAAUUAAAAAACUUUAUUUGUGUUGUCCCCUGA